AUGUUUACCUAUAUUUAUUUUUUAUUAACUUUAACUUAUGUUUUUGGCAGUAAAAAUAAUAAUGUAUUUAGCCCUUCAAAACAAUUCAGUGAUACAUAUUCUGUAAAAGGUACUUUAAAUAUACCCUAUGCAGAAAUUAAAGAACCUUUUUACGCUUGGUAUGACUUGGAAAAAGGAUUAGGUAGAAUAGAUUACUAUGGAGGUAUGGUUAAAACAUAUCAAUUAGGAUCCGAAGGACAGUAUGGAACAUUAAAAAAGGUUGCUCCUGUAACGACAGAAAAAUUUCAAAAUGUUGACACUUGUUUUGUUGUUUCCGGUUCAUCUGAAUCUCCUGUUGAACCUCAAACUGUUCUUCCAGACAUAAGCAACUUUGAGUAUGCUGGUGAAGAUACUGUCAAUGAAAUUCCAUGUCAUAAAUGGACACUAACGAAUAAAUUUGGAGACAAAGUUAACAGAUAUACAAUGUGGACAAGUUCUAAGGUAACUUGGAAAUCAAAUGGAGAAACAACAGCUGUACCUGUAAGAUAUGAAAUGAAAGGUUUCAAUUCACUUUUAGGAUCGCAUUAUGACCAUUAUUAUUUAGAUUACGAUUGGUAUUCUCCAGAAUCUCCAGAUUCUAAAGUUUUUGAACUUAGCAAAAACGUUUCUUGCACGAGUUUUCACGGAAAUGGACUCGAUCAUGUUUAUACGUUUAAUCCAAUGAAAGAAUUUGUACAUAAUUAUGAUAAACACGUUCGUUUAGCUUUUGAAGAUUUUAAAAUGACUCAUGGAAAAACUUAUAACAGCCCUCUCGAACAUGCAAAAAGAUUAAAUCUUUUCCGUCAAAAUUUAAGAUUUAUAAACAGUCACAAUCGUGCUGGAAAAAGUUUUCAAUUAGGAGUUAAUCAUUUAGCCGAUAAAGAUGAUGUUGAAAUUCGUGCAUUAAGAGGUAACAGAUACACUCCAGGAGUUGAAAAACACGGUGACUCUUUUCCAUAUCCCGUUGAAAGAAUUCACGAAAUGAAAAAAGAUCUUCCAGAAUCAUUAGAUUGGAGAUUAAACGGUGCCGUGACUCCAGUCAAAGAUCAAUCGGUUUGUGGUUCUUGCUGGUCUUUUGGUUCUACCGGUGCCAUCGAGGGAGCAUAUUUCUUAAAGAAUCACAAAUUGGUACGAGUAUCUCAACAAGCUUUAAUCGAUUGUUCCUGGGGAUUCGGUAAUGGAGGAUGCGAUGGAGGUGAAGAUUCAUAUUCUUUUGAUUACAUUUUAAAACAUGGUGGAAUUCCAACCGAAGAUUCAUACGGUCCAUACCUAGGACAGGACGGUUAUUGUCAUGUUAAUAAAUCAAUGGAUAUGGUAAAAAUCAAGGGAUACGUUGCGGUUCCUUCCGGUGACGUUGAUGCACUUAAAGUUGCCGUUGCUGUACAUGGUCCCGUAGGAGUUGCUAUUGAUGCUUCGCACAAAACAUUUUCAUUUUAUUCAAACGGUGUUUAUUACGAUCCGAAUUGCGGUAACACUCCCAACGAUUUAGAUCACGCAGUUUUGGUUGUAGGUUUUGGUAAAUUAAACGGUGAAGAUUAUUGGCUCGUUAAAAAUUCUUGGUCUAAUUAUUGGGGUAACGACGGUUACGUACUCAUGUCACAAAAAAAUAAUAAUUGCGUUAACAAAGACUGA